CCUGGCCUGCCUUCCAAUCUCUAAUAAUGAGGAGGGUGUCAACUGGUCCGUAUGGCUGCAUCCCAGCUGGAGACACUCUGCCCCCAGGUGAGUAAUGCGGCGCUGGCUCUAGCUGCCAAGCCCAACAGUAAGGUUGCUCAGGACAACAUGGACCUCUUCAAAGACUCCUGGGAGAAACAGGUCCGCGUCCUCACUGACGCCGUCGAUGACAUCACCAGCAUCGACGACUUCCUCUGUGUGUCUGAGAACCACAUUCUGGAGGAUGUCAACAAGUGUGUGAUAGCGCUGCAGGAGAAGGAUGUGGACGGGUUGGAUCGUACGGCCGGCGCCAUCCGUGGCCGCGCUGCCAGGGUGGUCCAUGUGGUCACAUGUGAGAUGGACAACUAUGAGCCUGGAGUCUACACAGAGAAGGUUCUCGAGGCCACCAAGCUACUCACUAACACAGUCAUGCCCAGGUUCACAGAGCAGGUGGAGGCAGCGGUAGAGGCUCUGAGUGCCAACCCCACCCUCCCCGUUGACGAGAACGAGUUCAUCGACGCCUCUCGUCUGGUCUACGAUGGAGUCCGCGACAUCCGCAAGGCCGUGCUGAUGAUCAGGACUCCUGAAGAGCUGGAUGACUCUGACUUUGAGACGGAGGACUUUGAUGUUCGCAGCAGGACCAGUGUUCAGACAGAAGAUGACCAGCUUAUCGCGGGCCAGAGCGCCAGGGUGAGUCCACACACUCCUCUCUCUUCCUCCACCCCCUCUACAGGCCGUCUCAUGUUCCGGGGUAAAGGUCCGUUGAAGAAUACUGAUGUCAUCAGUGCUGCUAAGAUUGCUGAGGCUGGAUCCAGGAUGGAUAAACUGGGCCGUACCAUCGCAGACCAGUGUCCAGACUCAGCCUGUAAGCAGGACCUGUUGGCCUACCUGCAGCGUAUUGCUCUGUACUGCCACCAGCUCAACAUCUGUAGUAAGGUCAAAGCAGAGGUCCAGAACCUGGGAGGAGAGCUCGUGGUCUCUGGGGUAAGAACUGAUAGCGCGAUGAGCCAAAAGAAACAACACAAGAACCUGAUGAACACGGUGGUGUCCACGGUCAAGGCUAGCUACGUGGCCUCCACUAAAUACCAGAAGUCCAUGGCCAUGCAGUCCCUCAACAUGCCUGCUAUCUCCUGGAAGAUGAAAGCCCCAGAGAAGAAACCCCUGGUCAAGAGAGAGAAGCAGGAAGAUGGAUCCAACAACAAGGUCAAGAGGUCAUCCCAAAAGAAACACAUCAAUCCUGUCCAGGCCCUCAGCGAGUUCAAAGCCAUGGAUAGCAUCUAGAGAUGGACCAAUCAGUCAGUCUGGGUGGUGAGAGGAGGUGGAGCUAGAAGGGGUUGAGAUGCUGAUGGAGCUGGCUAGAUCAACUGUGGUGUGGAGACGGUUGGAGCUUCUUUUUAAUCUAGUCAAAAAAAAUGGGAGGGGGAAAUGCAUUUCUUAUUUCCUGGCCUAGUCAGCUGUCUGACGUGAUGUUGCUAUGCAGGCUCGCUGAGGUAGAACAAUAUAUACAGAGGCCCUUAAGAUCACUCUUUCUCUACCAGUCUUUUUUUUUUUUUUUUUUAACAACUGCUUUCUGAUAAGUCUCUAGCCUACUGUAUAACUUCUCUACUGGAAAAUAAGGCAAAUUGGGGGGGGGGCAGCAACUAGACCAAGUAAAGGGCGUUUCUAUUUAAUUAGAUUUUAUUCCAGUGUUGGUAUGAGAUGGGACAUUUCAUUGAUACUGUAAGAUCUAAUUCUGUUCAAACUAAUCAUUUUGACCCCUGACCCCAACCUGUGAUGUGAGAUCCCCCCCCCUGUGUAUUUUUAUACAAUGACUUUCUACCGUGUUUUAUGAUUGCGUGGCUGGUGGGAGGAGGGUGUUGGAUGGUAUUUCCGCUAUGUGUCGUAUAUGAUAUGAUGCAGUAUUAUGUUGUGUAGGUGCAGAUCAGAUAGGACUGUCCACUCGAUGCAAACACAUCUCUCUAUCGCUUUUAUUAGUCUCGAGCAAUAACUAGAGAACGUAUGGAUGUGUAACUUUUCUCCACUGAGUGUUUUUUUMGGGGAUAAACGUUUUAGCUUUUUGAUUUAAAAAGACAAAUUGAUUUUUUUUUUCAUUCUCAAUGUGUAUUCUGUGCUUAUCUAAUAAAAGUUUGAUAUUA